AUGGCAUUCCUGAGAUCCCUCUGCCGUACCGCUGCGGCGGCCUCCGUCGCUACGCUCCGAUUUUCCAGAUCCGCCUCUCCCAGUCAGCUGUUUCGCCAUGGUUUCGUCUCCACGCGAGGAUUCUUCGCUGUUUCUUCAUUUCCUUCUUAUCGAACUCCUUACGAUUGUCGAGCAAUGGAUAUUGGACAAGUCCGCAACUUCAGCGAAGAUGUGUCUCACAUGCCUGAAAUCAAGGACAGUGAUGUUCUGAAAGCUUUCAAAGAAUUGAUGGCUGCUGACUGGGCAGUGCUACCUUCUUCUGUUGUUAACGACGCCAAAAGCGCUGUCUCGAAAAACACAGAUGACAAGGAAGGGCAAGAGGCCUUACUGAAUGUGUUCAGAGCAGCUGAGGCUGUUGAGGAAUUUGGUGGGAUUCUCACUUCCUUAAAGAUGGAGAUCGAUGAUAGCAUUGGAAUGAGUGGGGAGAAUGUGAAGACCUUACCAGAAGAUAUAACCAAAGCGCUGCGUCUUGCUUAUCAUAGGUAUACUACCUACCUAGAUGCUUUUCGACCUGAAGAAGUUUACUUGAAGAAGAAGGUUGAGAUGGAGUUGGGGACAAAGAUGAUCCACUUGAAGAUGAGAUGCAGCGGGCUCGGUUCUGAGUGGGGAAAGGUUACCGUUCUUGGAACCUCAGGACUCUCGGGGUCUUACGUGGAGCAAAGGGCAUAA